CACAAGUCAUCUUCAAAAUGGUAAAAAAGCCGCUCCUGUAAAACUAAGACCGAGACCUGAACCAUUAUCUUUAAAUGAUGAUGAUGAUAUAUUUUAUACUGAUGGUCAAAAACGUCCAAGACGACGUAAUCAAACUCAAGAUCUAAUAGAUUUUUUAAAUUCGGAACCACCACCUGAUAUACCAACUUCAUCUACAAACAACCCUCCAUCCGAAAGUGGUAAAAAAUCGGAAAAGAAAUUCAAGAAAUUCUUCUCUAAAUUGAUGAAACAACCGUCAAAUGAAGAUUUAAAUAACAAAAACUUUGAUCAAAGACCGAUAAAAAUUCCAAAUACUCCUAAUAGUUAUGUUUCAACUACGAGUACUUUGGUUAAUAAUAAGGCUCAACCAAAAUAUGUCAAGAUCCAGAUACCACAGAUACCAGAUAAAGAAACUCAAGAACAAAGUAUUUAUGAUCAAGUACAAAUUCAAGGAAGACACGCUCGUCAUACUUCACGUAAUAGCUUAACAGGUUCUGCUCGUACACAAUCGCCAAAUAAAUCCAUGUUUUCUACUACUUCUAUGACUGGUACAUUGAGUAGUCCGACUAUUAACGAAAAUACCGAACAUAAAAAUUAUUAUGAUGAUGAUGAACUUUCUAAUCAGCUUAUUAACGCUCGACAACGUUCUCCUCCACUUUCUCCAACAAAACCUAAUAAUAUUAAUAAUAUCAAUAAUAUUAUGAAUAAUAAUACUGUCAAUAAUAUUACGAAUAAUAAUAUUGUCAAUUAUAAUAAAAAACCACCAUUACAAUUUGAUCAGCAAAAGAAUGCGAUUAAAUCAUCAACAAACACCACUACGAUUUCAAAUAAUAAUCUGCAACCAGAGAAAUCUCAAAUACAGUCAGAACAACAAAAAGAGGUGGUCAAAUCAUUAUCUAAACAGCCGACAACGCCCAUUUCUUCAGAUAAUAAUAGCUUACAGUCAAAUAAAGCGCAACUUGAACAACAAAAGAAUUUAGUUAAAAAAUCAGAUGAUCAACCUAAACGGUCGAAAACACCUACUCCUUCAGAUAAUAAUAAUAACUUACAGCCAAAUAAGGUACAACCUGAACAAAAGAAUUUAGUUAAAAAAUCAGAUGAUCAACCUAAACGGUCGAAAACACUCACUCGUUCGGAUAAUAAUAAUACCUUACAGCCAAAUAAGGCACAACCUGAACAGCAAAAGAAUUUAAUUAAAAAAUCAAAUGAUCAACCUAAACGAUCAACAACACCCGUUCCUUCAGACAAUAAUAAAUUACAGCCAAAUAAGGCACAACUUGAACGACAAAAGAAUUUAGUUAAACCAGAUAACUUUAUUGAAGAACUAAUUUAUGCAGAAUUUACUUUUGAAGUUUCAUCAGAAACCAAGGAAUCGGAACAAAUAGAAGAAAUAGAUGAAUCUGAAGAGGCAUUAAUCGUUGAAUGGUUAAUUGGUACCGGUUUAGUAUUUGAAAAAGCCAGACCUAUCAUCCAAGAUGAACUGGUUUAA